AUGUUUUCAAGUCUUCCCCCCGUACUUGUCGCGUCAUUAGCAGUUUACCUUCUCAUCAAAUUUUACAAGGCUUUCACUAAUCCUCUGAAUGUCGUUCCCGGCCCAUGGUACGCUCGAUUUACUGAGCUUCCUGGUACCGUCGCAACUCUCCAAAAACAAGGGGUCCAAUAUUACCACGCCCUCCACCAAAAGUAUGGACCUUAUGUGCGGGUAGCCCCAGAAAAAGUGUUCGUAUCCGAUGUCGAUGCCUUUAAGGCGAUCCACAAGGUUGGAAGUCACUUUAGGAAAGCCGAUUACUAUCAUUAUUUUGGCCCAACCGAAGCUGGAAAGCCCCCAUAUGGUUUAUUCCAGAUGACCGAUACAAACGACCAUGCCCAGAGAAGAAAGCUCCUAGGAAGAGGCUUCACAGUUUCAUCACUUCGUGGAGACUGGGAAGAUAUGGUCCGUGAAAAGGUUUCAAUUGCAAUUGAGGCCAUGAGGCACGAUGCUGAGACUGCAAACGGCGAGGUUGACAUCCGUAAAUGGUGGGUUUUCAUGGCUUCCGAUAUUACUUCACGUUUGAUGUUUGGAAAAUCCUUCGAUGCACUGAAAACCGGAAAGGAAGACCCUUGGUUUGAAGAUCUAAACAUCGCAAUUUCCGCCGCCUUUGCAGCUUUGUCUUUUCCCCGCUUCUAUGCAGUAGCAAAGCGUUUGCCCAUCAUUGGGGGACUGAGGAUGUUCAGCUCGCACAAGGUGUUAUUAGACAAAGGUCGCAUCGCCGUUGAGAACAGCAAGCAAACCACCACGCUUCAAAACGCGAACCUUUUCACAAAGGUAUUGAGUCAAGCCGAGAAAGACGACGGUUCACUCACAAACGAGGAAAUUUGUGUGGAGGCGGCAUCCUUUAUGGUUGCUGGUAGCGACACUACCUCAAAUACACUGACAUAUGCGAUCUGGGCUGUCUUAUCCCGACCAGAGUUGCAAAAGGCCCUGGAAGCUGAACUAAUAGGUAUUGAGGAGCCUUACAAUGAUGCGGAUUUGGAAAAGCUCCCCAUUCUACAUGCUGUUCUUGAAGAGACUCUUCGCCUAUAUGGAGCGGCACCGACGCCUGUGCCUAGGGUUGUUCCUCCUGGAGGCAGUCAGCUUGGAGGUUACCGACUUCCUGCCGGUACAAUUGUUGCGACUCAGUCUUGGACAUUGCACCGGGAUCCCCAAAUCUUUAGUAAUCCAGACAUCUUUGACCACUCUCGAUGGCUGCCAGGCGGAGAGUAUACGAAAUCUGAGGCUGCUAGAGCAGUUUACACACCAUUCGGCACGGGCUCUCGAGUCUGCAUUGGCAAACAUUUGGCAUACAUGGAGCUUCGCUACGGUCUUGUCCUGUUCUUUCGCAAGUUCAGUGGCGCCAGGUUAUCUCCUGCUACGACUCCUGAGUCGAUGGAAAUUGAUAAUAUCAUGCUGAUUGAGCCCAGAGGAAAGACUUGUAGGGUAAUCCUUCCAUAA